AUGAAGAUUACCGCUGCCGCCGCCAUUAUUGUGUCCUUCAUGCCAUCUUUGGGCUUUGCGCUCGUUGGCAACGACUGGAGCUUCGCCAAGGCCCCCCAGGACGGCUUGAAGGACAUCACCUUCCCCUUCAACAUGGCCAAGGCCCCCCACAAGAGCGGCUUCUAUUUCGCCCAGCAGUUCAACUUCCACGGCAUUCAGGACGUCGGAUACACGGGCCUCCAACCUCGCGAAGAUAAGAACGGCAAGAGCAUUGUCCACGCUGCAUUCUCGUCGUUCCAGGCCGGCGCCACAACAAAGCACCGCAACUGCUACGCUGGCGCGGAUGGAGGACCUGGCGUCAGCUGCGCGGUCGACAUUAAGGGCAACUACCGCCACACCUACAACAUCACUGUCGAGAACAUCCGUGACACCACUUGGCGCGGCACGCUCAUCGAUACCGUUAACAAGAAGGCGACUGUGAUUGGUGAAUGGACGCUGCCCAAUGGUGCCGGCAAGAUUGUCAACGGCCAGGUCGGUUUCGUCGAGUACUACACCUGGAACGGACAGCCCUCCCACACCUGCGAUUCGCUCCCAUAUACCCAGGCUGUUUUCAACCACCCCACUUCCAAGACCAAGGGCGCCAAGGGAGGCAAGGUCACCAAGGUCUACGAGUACGGUGAUUGCAUCGGCAAGGCUGGAUACGCGGUUAAAAAGCGCUCCACCGGCUACGACAUCAAGGUCGGCUUCUAA